CUACAGUCGGCAUCGUACUUGCGGCCACCUUUAUUAAGCGACUUUUUUAUUAAGCGGCCGCAUAAAAUCCCUCCCGAUGAUUUUUACUAUAUAAUUUAAUUCCAUUAAACGACGAUUUUAUAUCGCGGCCAGCGGCCACUAAAUGUCGGCCCAAAUGUACGAAAUUACGUGUUAAAGUAUCUAUUAAACGGCCGUGACAAACAAUCGGCCCUACGGGCAUUCUCACCUGUUUAAUCAGCGAGAAGGUUUGGUGUGUACAAGCAAACAAACAAAUAUUUUUCAUGGUCAUUGGUUUUAGAAAAGUGUUCACCAAAAUCGCCAAUUACUUUAUCAAUAUAUGUAUUUGUCACAGUAAAUGUCAAGCCAUCAUCAUGGCGACACCAUCAAAAAGAAAAGUUUUAACGUUAGACGAACGAAUAUUAGUGAUUGAGCGGUCAAAAACAAAAAGUACAAGAAAAAUUGCAGAGGAAUUUAAAAUAGGAAAGACUCGGGUCCAAAAUAUUUUAAAAAGGAAAGCCGAACUAAUGACUGACUAUGAAAACAAUGCCCCUGGUGAGAGGAAGCGAGUGCGCAGACAAACGGGAAAUGAAGAUAUAAACGAUUUAACAUUAGCUUGGUUUAAAGAUGCUGUAUCUAGGAGACUGCCAGUGUCUGGACCCCUAAUUAUUGAACGGGCCAUGGCGUUCGCUUCUGAGGUGGGAAAUACGCAGUUCAAAGGUUCUCAGGGAUGGCUUCAGUCUUUCGUUAAACGGAACAAUAUCGUUUUUGGAACUAUGUCAGGGGAAAGAGGGGAUGUAAGCACCAAAACUGUUGAUGAGUGGAAAGAAAAACUACCAACCAUUUGCUCUGAUUAUCUGCCACACAACAUAUUUAACAUGGACGAGACGGGCUUAUUUUUCAGAGACACCACGAAAAAAUCUUUCCAUUUCAAAGGUGAUGACUGCAGUGCUGGUAAACGCUCUAAGGAACGCAUAACUGUGGCUCUUGCAGCUAGUAUGGCAGGGGAAAAGUUGAAACCUUUGGUUAUUGCUAAGUCAAGUAAUCCAAGAUGUUUCAAAAAUAUCAAAGUAGAAAAGUUGCCAGUUCAUUACAGGAACAACAAAAAAGCAUGGAUGACAACUGAGCUCAUGAGUAACUGGCUUCGCAUCGUGGACAAAGACAUGAGAAAAGCAGGUCGGAAAAUUCUUCUAUUUUUAGACAACGCCCCUAGUCAUCCAAUGUUGAAGUUGUCAAAUGUUAACUUGGCCUUUUUUCCACCUAAUACUACUUCCAGACUUCAACCUAUGGAUCAGGGGAUUAUACAGACACUCAAGUUGAAAUAUCGUAAGAAGCAGUUGCAACAUAUUCUUGUUAAAGUUGAUAGCAACAACAAGGUUGGUUCACAGCUAUUGAAAGAAAUCUCGGUCCUAGAUGCAAUUUACUGGAUUGAUGCAGCCUGGAAAGACAUAGAAGCAAAGACUAUUGUUAAAUGUUUUGAACAUUCUGGGUUUAUCUUCCCUUCUGAAUCAGUUAAAUCUGUAAACACGGAUGAAAAUCAUGACAGUGAUGAUGAUGAUGAAGUCCCAUUAAAUGUCCUGAAACUCUCUCACGAUUUAUUUGGGUGUGAAUUCAAGGACUUGAUUAACUUAGAUGUAACCUUAAGAACUUGUGAUGAUUCUAAUAAAACAGACUGGGAGAGAACACCAGCUUUAGACAUUCUGAAGGAACUGAGAGAUGAUAAUACUGAUGAUCUUUGUGAUGGUGCUUGUGAUGAUGAUGAUGAUGAUGAUGAUGAUGAUGAUGUGCUGAUGAUUUGAAAGUAUGCUCAGCAGGAGAUGUGCAUGAACAUAUUAACAAUAUAAGACAAUAUGCUUUGUUUCAUAGUCACAAUGACCUGUUAGAUAGUAUUAUGUGUGUAGAUCACAUUUUCACACACAUUUCUACUACAAAACAAAAACAAACGCGUAUUGAUGACUUUUUUAAAAGGCAUAAUUGUGAUUAUGAAAGUGUAAUACAUACAUGAUAUAGUAUACUGUUUCUGUUGUUAUAAAACAUGUUGUUAUAUCAAUGACUUGUAGUAUUUAUAUGGAACCCUGUAUUUAAUCUCGAAAUUUUCCUGAAUUCUAUUGAGAGGCCACUUUAUUAAGAGGCCACUUUUUGGCAGUCCCUUGAGUGGUCUCUUAAUA